UUGGGGAGACAAAGGCUAUGGCUGAUCAGCUGACCUUGGUUUUCAUUGGGGUUUAAUCCAGCAUUCUCGCUUUGAAUCACGCUUUAACUAUUUUGUAAAUAGUUUUGGCACCAUUCUUCUGCAGCUCUGUAUAAAUUCCACCUCUCAGCCCCAGCCCUUCACUGGCUCAAGCGGGUACUGAUAUAACUGGCAGCGGACACGCCGGCUGAUGAUGGCUUCCGAGCACCAGAUGCCAGCCUCCAAGCAGCAGCAACCCAGCUCCAAGAUUGCCAUCUUCGAGCAGGAGAACUUCCAGGGCCGCUGCCAUGAGCUCAGCGGCGCCUGCCACAACCUGAAGGAAGCCGGUGUGGACAAAGUGGGCUCCAUCCUCGUGCACUCUGGACCCUGGGUGGGCUACGAGCAGGCAAGCUGCAAAGGGGAGCAGUUUGUGUUUGAGAAGGGGGAGUACCCUCGCUGGGACUCCUGGACCAACAGCCGGAGAAGCGACAGCAUCACUUCCCUGAGACCCAUCAAAGUGGACAGCCAGGAGCACAAGAUCGUGCUGUACGAAAACCCCAGCUUCACCGGCAAGAAGAUUGAAAUCAUAGAUGACGACGUGCCCAGCUUCCACGCACACGGCUACCAGGAGAAGGUCUCAUCCGUGCGGGUGCAGAGCGGCACGUGGGUGGGAUACCAGUACCCUGGCUACCGGGGCUACCAGUACCUGUUUGAAAAGGGGGACUACAAGGACAGCUCAGACUUCGGCGCCCAGCACCCCCAGAUCCAGUCGGUCAGGCGCAUCCGGGACAUGCAGUGGCACCAGCGCGGUGCCUACCACCCCACCAACUAGAGCCCCCAGCCCGCGCUGGGGCACGGGGAGCAGAGCAAGCUUGUCCCCGGCCACCGCUGUCCCCAUGGCCUCACCUCCCACCCCCUCCGUGUGAUGCGCACCGCUGCCGAAGCAACUGAAUAAAGCUUGGAGUUUCAAA